GUGGUUCCCCUGCCAGGAUGAAGAUUUUGUGCAGCUACUUAUUUUUUGCAAUAUGUUGCUGGCAAGCACCGGCUGAGAGAGCCUUCUUCUUCCAGCCCAACAACGAACUCGUGACGACCUCCCUGGCGCUGCUGAAGCUGGACAGGGGCUCCGAAGUGAUGAGUGAACUGACGGUGUGCACGUGGCUCAAGGUUCAUCACUUCAGGGAGAACACCUACGUGUUCUCCUACGCGACCUCGAAUCGAGACAACAACGAACUGAAUAUGGGGAUAAGACCUAACGGCGUUUACCUGGCCGUGGAUGGGAGGUACCGCAACAGCAAGAUAAACCACAUCUUCGUACCUGACGUGUGGUACCAUUUCUGCUUCGUUGUGGCUCGCACGUCAUGGGUUGUCUACGUCAAUGGCAAACACGACCAGGAGGGAACUUUGGAAGAGAGAAGGAUUUUUCUCAAUGGAUCGCUUGUCCUUGGCCAGGAGGCAGAUCUACUCGAAGGAGGUUACCAAGAACAGCAGAGCUUCUCGGGUUUCAUCACUGGAUUUAACCUCUUCAGAAGGGCUCUGAAGCAGAACGAAGUGACGUCUUUAGCAACAUGUGUUGAAGGCGCUGGCGAAGGUGACCUGGUGGGCUGGAGUUCCGCUCAGUGGAUACUCAGUGGACCAGUGGAAGAGGUGGAUGUGUCCAGGGUGGAUUAUUGUACGAAAAGAGCUCGCAAAAACGUAUUUCCCGAGAGACGAAGCCACUCUGACGCCAUCCGCUGGUGCGAGAAAUUAAAGGGCAAGAUGGCUCUGCCGAAGGACGCCGAUGAGAACGUUCGCCUGUAUCACAUCAGCGAACCUUUCGCGGGAGUGUGUCAGCCGCCCAACCACGCCAACGGCUUCCUGUGGAUCGCAGCUACUGACAAAGGGGAAGAAGGGCACUGGACGGAUUUUGAGGGCCAGCCACUCAACUACAAGAACUUCAAAGGCACCUACAAAUAUUCGGAUCUUGACUGUGCUUGCAUGCUUGUUCCCCCUUACGUCGAGGAGUGGGACGACGUCAAGUGUGGUUCGCUCUACAAGUUCUGCGUUGCUUGCGAGGAAGACCAGGAGGCUCCUUCUGUGCUGAGGAUGAGGGGGCUCUGUGAGCAGGACGAGAAGGCGGCCUGGUUCACCCUGCAGCAGCGGCGGGGCGAAAAGGUUCUCCUGAAAGGCUUCACAAAGUACCUGAUCUACUUGGAAGAAGAGAGUAACAAGUGGCAUUUAUAUAACAUGUGGAUAAACAGAACAGUAGCCACUCAUAAAGUCCAGCCCGGAGUUUACCCUUUGGGCGUAAGAGAAUGGGUUAUAAAUACCAGUUAUCAAGUGUGUGACAAACCAGAAGGAUCCCUCAUAACUCUGGGUCUGUCUGCUUGCUACGACUGGGAAUACAGCUGCAAAGACGGCACCUGCAUCGACCUGGAUCAGCGGUGCGACCUAAGAGUGGACUGCCCCGAUAAGAGUGAUGAGAUCGGCUGCGAUGAACUACUGUUACCCGAGGACUACCUCUCUCAGCGGACGCCUCCGGGGGGACAUGUUGGGGGUCCGCUGGGAGUCAACUUGUCCAUCAGUCUGCAUGGCUUUUCGGAGAUCAAUGUCAAAGAUAUGAAGUUGACGGUAGAAUUCAACUUACUUCUAUCAUGGUACGACAGCCGGCUUCAAUACCAGAACCUCAAAGAGCUGGCUGACAUCAACUAUAUCAAGCCAUCUGCAGUCUGGAGUCCAACGAUAGAGCUAACCAACGCUGACUUCCUGAGGGUUGACAAGACGUCCCAAGUGCUCACAGUGUCCAGGAACUCUAAACCGGAAAAGGACGACCAGAGUAGAGUUUGUUAUGAUAAGAUAUAUGAAGGUAUGAAAAACCCUUUGGAACUGAGUCAUAAGAUGAACGCCCCCUUCGUAUGCAACAUGGACCUCAGGAUGUUCCCCUUCGACACUCAACAUUGCAAGUUGCUCCUCACCCUCACCUCCGCCAGGGUAGACUUCUUACACUGGAGACACCUCGAAGUCACUUAUUUAGGCGAGACCUUCCUGACGGAGUACAAAGUCGACAAUAUCACCAUCCAGAAGUCUUCCAUCCGAAACUACAGCGUGGCAGAAGUCGGGGUCACCCUCCACCGCCGCUUCUGGUCCUACGUCACUUCCGCCUACAUCCCCACCGUCAUGCUUAUGCUAAUUAGCUACGCCUCCCUCUUCUGCAAGCGAGAGAACGUUGAGCUGCGUGUUAUAAUGGCCCUGACGACGCUGCUGGUGCUCUACGCCCUCUACCAGCAGAUCUCCGACGACCUCCCGAAGACGGCCUAUAUCAAAGCUAUCGAUGUCUGGUACUUCUUCGCCAUCAUGAUGAUGUUUACACAGGUUAUUUACCACAUCUUCCUGGACCUGGACAUAAGCCUAAGACGCAACCAAGGCGAUGACCUAACGAAGGACCUGUGGAAAAACGACGGACGAAAAGCACGCAUAGACUGGGCCUUCCGGGUGCUUUACUUUGUGGUCAAAUUCAUCUUCUUCCUCGCCUACGGGUGUGUGAUCGUGGUGAAUGUGGAAUCGCGGGGUCGACAGUGAGGUAAAGAGGAUGAGACAAAGUAGGGAGAUUUGGAUGAAUUAUAUGUAAACACAGGGCGUUGUCGAUGCGCUGGAUGUAUAAUACAGUACAACCGCAUCCUCCGCUGAAAGUUGGAAAUGUUGAAGCGUAGAUUAUAGGAUACUGCAGUUUGGAUUUAUUAAGUACUUUGGAUGUCUGAGGGAGGUCUAUAAUAAGCUAGGUUUUUCUCUCUUUAUCACCCUCUACCUCCCCCUCUUCAACAUGUUUCAGUUACUCACAAACUGAGUAAUAGAUACCUUGGCUUAAAAAAUAGAGCAUGUACUUGUGAUACUGUCUUUUGUACAAGAAAAAUGUGUGAAAAGGAUAUGAAGCCGGUUCUUCAAAAAUAAUUUUAAAACUUAUUCACAAUUUGCCAAAGAAAUGUUAUACAAAAAAAAUCCUUUACAAAAAGUUAAAACUAAAAGUGAAGUAGCAUUCCCAGUGUUAAGAGGAGGGGUGUUUCCAAGUUUAAGACCAAAGGAACGGACACACGUAAAAUAGAAAUAUAAGUGAUGGACAGUCCCCACUUCAGCCACAUGGAUGAAUUCUGAUGAUGACUGAGCCUGUUCCCCAGUACGGAAUAUAAACUAAUAAAGGUACUGGGCAUAAAACAGUCAUUUUCCAAGAGUUAAAAAUGAGCAAAGUAGCAAAGAUCCCUAGAUACCUUCUAAUGCUGUGAGACAAAGAACACCAAUUUUACAGAAUUAGUGAAAUUGUUCAAACAUAUCUUGGUAUUUGGGACGUUGUCCUUCUUUAUAAUAAAAAAAAAUGCAAUUGAUGCCUUGAAAAAAAAUGAAGGAAAAUGUACCACUAUUUUUUCACUGCUAAAUAUUGUUAAAGACCAUUAGCUAUUUAGAUAUCCUGCAUUCCCUAGGUGGUAAGUGAGAGGAAUGACCACACACACAUAUAUAAACAUAUAUACAUACAUACAUAUAUAUAUAUAUAUAUAUGCAUAUAUAUAUGUGCAUAUAUAUAUGUGUGUGUGUGGGUCUGCAUGUAUAUAUGUGUAUGUAUAUAUAUGUACACACAUAUACACAUGCAUAUAUAACUGCAAAUAUAUACAAACUACAACCGUAUACACAAGGGGUUAAGGGUUUAGUUUCUAGUUCCUUAGUCAUUCUAGAACUAUAUUGUAAUCAGGGCCAUGAGUAGACUAUGAAGCUUUGACUCCCUUUGUAAAACGAAAAUAAAGGUCAUACAAAACUUGAAAA